ACAUAGGUGGUGGUACUGUAGAUCUAACAAUCAGAAAAUUGUUACCAGAUAAUAAAUUAGGUGAAAUAACCGAACAAACUGGUGAUUGUUGUGGUGGAAGUUUUGUUGAUAAAGAGUUUAUCAAUUUUCUUGCUCGAAAAGUUGGUAAAUCUGUUAUGUAUUUACUUCAAGAAUAUAAUUAUAGUAUAUUACAAUACAUGGUUCAAGAAUUUGGUCGAUCUGCUAAAAUACCAUUUACUGGUGAUACUAAAGACUUUAAAACAUUCGAAUUGGAUCUUGAGGAAUUAUGUCCAGUUAUAAAAAAUUACGUUGACGAUAAGACUAAAAAAAGGUUGGAAAAAUUAGAAUGGGUGAUUGAUAUUGAAUUUGAAGAUGUUAAGUCAAUGUUUGAUCCUGUAGUUGGUAGAAUUAUUCGGUUAAUACGUAGUCAAUUGGAAGCAUGUAAAGAUUGUACUACAAUGUUUUUGGUAGGUGGGUUUAGUGAGUCUAGAUACUUGCGAAAAAGAAUCAAAGAAGAGUUUAAAAAAAGUGUGCCUAUUAUUUCAAGUCCCGAUAAACCUAUUGCAGCUGUUGUUCGGGGGGCUUUGCUUUAUGGCCUCGAUACAGCUAUAGUAAAAUCACGUGUAUUGAGGUAUACCUAUGGUAUUAGAUCCUUACCUGAUUGGCAGCCUGGUGAUCCGUUAAACCGAAGAACCCCUGAUGGAAAGAUUUUUCGAUUCCAUACAUUAAUACAGCGUGGACAAAAAGUGGAUGUUAAUGAAGAAGUUUCCGAUAUUCUUCGUGUUGCGCAUGCGAAUCAGAAAGAUAUGUGUAUGGAUUUAUAUGUUACACGUGCGUAUGAGGCAAAAUAUUGUGAUGAACCCGGUGUUGAAUUACUUGGAAAAUUUACAAUUAAAAUGCCUGAUAAGCAUCUUGGACUUAAUCGUUCA